AAUGACAGAAUAAUAACUGAACAAUCCAGGCAAUAGAACAAGAAUGAUUGGAAAUUAUGUAAUAGGUAAUUUAGCUUCAGUGUAUAGAUAGGAAAAACAUUAGGAUUUGGAACUUUUGGGAAGGUGAAAAUGGGCAUUCAUGAACAAUCACAAGAGAAAGUGGCAAUAAAAAUAUUAGAGAAGGAUAGAAUAAUAGAAACAGCAGAUGUAGAGAGAGUAUAAAGAGAGAUUCAUAUUCUAAAGUUAGUCAGACAUCCCCAUAUUAUUUAAUUAUAUGAGGUAUUAAAAUAUUAUAUUUAGAUUAUUGAAACACCAAAACAUAUAUUUUUAGUAAUGGAAAUGAUUAGUGGGGGUGAAUUAUUUGAUUAUAUUGUUUAAAAUACAAAGUAAUAUUGUUGAAUUAAUAAGAUUGGAAGAAGUGGAGGCCUGUAAGUUAUUUUAAGAACUUAUAGCUGGAAUUGAAUAUCUACAUAAAUUAAGAGUAGUCCAUAGAGAUUUGAAACCAGAGAACUUAUUGCUUGAUCAUAAUAAGAAUCUAAAAAUAGUUGACUUUGGAUUAUCCAAUACUUAUAAAUCAGAAGAAUUAUUGAAAACUGCAUGUGGAAGUCCUUGUUAUGCAGCUCCUGAAGUACAGAAAAUCUAAUCUAAUUACAUAGAUGAUAGAAGGACAAAAAUAUUAAGGAGUAAAAGUCGAUUUGUGGAGUUCUGGAGUUAUAUUGUUUGCAUGUUUAUGUGGUUAUUUGCCAUUUGAAGAUUAAAACACUUCUGCUCUUUAUAAAAAGAUUUUAAGUGGAUCAUAUUAAUUACCAUCUCAUCUAUCUAAAGAAGCAUAAUCAAUGAUCUAAGGAAUUUUGACAGUCAAACCAGAUAAACGUUUUACUAUAAAUGAUAUUAGAAAUCAUCCAUGGUUUAAGAUCUAUAAAAGAAGUUAUGACAUUCCUCCUGGGAUAGUGGUUGGUUAUAAUAGAAUUCCUAUAGAUUAAGAAAUCCUUAAAUAAUUAAAAUAAUAUGGCAUAGAUAUAGAUCAUGCAUAAAAAUGUUUAGAUGCCAAUAAACAUAAUGAUAUUACAACAUUUUAUCAUUUACUUCUAAAAAGGCAUUUAACAAAUGGAGGUAGAUCUACAGCAGAUCUUAAUUCUGAAUCUUUUGAUAUCACACUUUUAGAACCUAAACAAAGACCUUAAAAAGGUAUUCUUUAUUUUUAUAUUUAAUAGCUCCAAUUAGUUCAUUAGUUAAUAAUGAAGUCAUUAGACAAUAAAUGAAAGAUGAAAUAAUUAAAUAACGAUCAUAUUCAACUGAUAAAGAUAGAGGUAGAAUUAUUAAAACAACUAAUCAAAAUAAAAUAUUGGCAGAUAAUGAUUUAAGUGUUAAUAGAGUAGGAAAUAAUGGAUAGGCUUAAAGUGUAUAAGCAAGAUAAAAAGAUGAAAACUAUUUUGAAUAAUCACCAGUUAUCAAAAAUAAGAAUGCUCCUUAUUCAAAUAUGUUAUGUCAAAAAUAUGGAGUUAAAUUUAAGAAUAAUAAUGUGACAUCUAUUGAUUAUCAUAAUAAGGAAGAUUUCAGAAAAGUAAGUUCAAGGAAUAAAAGAGAAUUAGAUAUUAUGAAUCCUUAUCGUAAUUCAAAUAGAGAAUAAUAAUAAUUUAAUAGAAUGCUUCAAAGUGGAGGUAGAUCAUAAAAUCACAAAAAAGAAAGAGUAAAUAUUAGUAAUCAAAAUAAUCAAUCUUUUGAUGUACCUUUGAAUUCAAAUCAAUCAACUAAAUAAAAGGCAGUUAAUUAAUAACGAUCAAGCCAUUUUUAUCAUGAUUGA